AUGGAGAAAAAAUGUUCUAUUCAACAGCUUACUGAAGAAAAGGAAAUACAAAAAAAGGGUGCGAUAUGCUUGCAAAAUUGUACUUAUUCCAUUGUACAUGAAGUAGCAAUGACAAUGGGCAUGCAUAUAGUAAAGCCUGAAGGAUCGUGGGAUUUGUGGUGGUGUACCACACCCAUGGACUUUAAAAAAGCCAAAACUUUAAAAAAAUACCAAAAGACGAAUCAUUUUUUGGGUAUGUCAGAAAUUUGUCGUAAGGAUUCAUUGGCUCGCAAUCUCAACACAAUGUCCAAUAGUUUUCGAGACGAUUAUAACUUUUAUCCUAUGACGUGGUAUUUACCAUCAGAGUAA